ACGGAAGUUCCUGAGCCUUCAGACCCGCGGGGAAGCAACUCGGCAACGGACCAAGAUGGCGGCGCCCAGUGAGGGGCAAGCGUUUGCCUCGGGGGUUGAAAAGACUUGGGGUGCGGUUGUUCGCUCCCCAGAAGGGACUCCUCAAAAAGUCCGGCAGCUGAUAGAUGAGGGGAUUGCCCCGGAAGAGGGAGGCGCCGAAGCGAAGGACACAUCUGCCACAUUCCAGUCAGUUAAUGGGUCACCCCAAGCAGAACAGCCGCCAUUGGAAUCUACAAGUAAAGAAGCCUUCUUUAGCAGAGUGGAAACAUUUUCUUCUCUGAAAUGGGCAGGUAAGCCCGCCGAGCUGUCUCCACUUGUCUGUGCAAAAUAUGGCUGGGUCACAGUUGAAUGUGAUAUGCUCAAGUGCUCCAGCUGUCAGGCUUUUCUCUGUGCCAGUUUGCAACCAGCUUUUGAUUUUGACCGAUAUAAGGACCGAUGUGCCGAGCUGAAGAAGGCCUUGUGCACUGCCCAUGAAAAGUUCUGUUUCUGGCCAGACAGCCCCUCCCCAGAUCGAUUUGGGAUGUUGCCAUUGGAUGAGCCUGCUGUUCUUGUUAGUGAAUUCCUAGAUCGUUUUCAAAGUCUUUGUCACUUGGACCUCCAGCUUCCUUCCCUGAGGCCAGAGGACUUGAAAACUAUGUGUUUGACAGAAGACAAGAUCAGUCUUCUUCUGCACUUGCUUGAAGAUGAACUUGAUUGCCGAACUGAAGAGAGAAAAACUACAAGCAAAUUAGGCUCAGACAUCCAAGUCCAUGUCACUGCAUGUGUUCUCUCUGUGUGUGGCUGGGCCUGUAGUUCUUCUUUGGAACCCAUGCAGCUCUCCCUAAUAACGUGUUCACAGUGUAUGAGGAAGGUGGGGCUCUGGGGCUUCCAGCAGAUUGAGUCAUCCAUGACCGACCUGGAUGCAUCCUUUGGCCUGACCAGCUCUCCCAUCCCAGGCCCUGAGGGACGGCCAGAGCGCUUCCCUCUUGUGCCUGAGUCUCCUCGGAGGAUGAUGACUCGGAGCCAGGAUGCCACAUGUUCUCCUGGCUCAGAGCAGGCUGAAAGGAGCCCAGGUCCCAUUGUCUCCCGAACUCGGAGCUGGGACUCUUCCAGUCCUGUUGACCGUCCUGAGCCAGAGGCCGCUAGCCCCACCACCAGAACCCGUCCUGUGACCCGAAGUAUGGGAACAGGAGACAGUAGUGGCCUGGAAGUGCCGUCUAGUCCUCUCCGGAGAGCCAAACGAGCUCGCCUCUGCUCUUCUAGUAGCUCAGACACAUCUUCCCGAAGCUGCUUUGACCCCACCUCUCAGCAUAGAGACUGGUGCCCUUGGGUAAAUGUGACACUUGGCAAGGAAACCAGGGAGCAUGGUGGAACGGAGACAGAUGCCAGUAUCUCUACAGAGCCAGGCUGGAAGGCUGUGCUGAACAUCCUCUUGGCCCACAAGCAGUCCAACCAGCCAGCUGAAACAGACUCCAUGAGUCUCUCUGAGAAAUCCAGGAAGGUAUUCCGAAUAUUCCGGCAGUGGGAAUCUUUAUGCUCAUCCUGAAGACAUUCUAGCCCUUCCCGAAGAGAAGCAGAAUGAAUGACUUUGGGAAAUGAAGUCUGAAUUUCUUUGUGGUCAGCUGAUGCCAAGUUUUUUCCAUUCUGGUAUAACCAUCAGAAGCCAUCAUCCUUGCAAAAAGCAGUGAGUGUCACUCUCUGCAUCUGACUGAAGGGAAGCCUGUUUCCAUGCGGGGGUGUGGACAGGUGAGGUACAGCACAUGUGGUCCUAUUAAGAGUGUGGGGUCACUUCAACCAGACAGAAGACCAAGGCUCUGAGCACGUUUAGUGUCUUUCUGUACUGGGCAGUGUCUCAAGGGCUCUUGUAUACUGGGAAUAUGACAGUAUGUAUUAAUAAAAUAUUUGUGAAUAUUC